AUGGGCAACAACAAGAAAACGAACAAGGACGCAUUGCGUCAACGCAAAAAGCCGGAAGCACCGGUACCGGACGAUACCGUGGACGACAACGACAGCGACGACAAGAUUCCGGACGACGUUCGCGCCGUCAAGGACAAACUCGAAGCAGAAACGGGCAAAACAUACCGCUACCGUCCAGCCAAAAAGGAUCUUCCGUCCAUAUCGGACAUGCUGGUACACGGAUCACCCGAAUCGCAGGGACGACCCCGGACUUGGACGGAAACGAUUGGUUACCCCGUGGCCCUCGCUGCCGUCUUUCUCAUCAGUUUGCUCAUCUUCCAUCACGCGCCCCACAGUCAAUCCAAACGCAACAAAUUUGUACUGCCCAAAAUGCAAAAACGACCUCCAGGCAACGCCGCUACCGCAGCCCAGACCUCGUCCCGGACGGACAACGAGAAGCAUCCGUUGCCAUCCAAGGAUUGA